AUGAUUUCAAAGAUCCUGCCAUCAUACCUUCAGCCAACGCUCCUGCAGGUAUACCUUGCAUGGGUGGAUGGUUGGCUCUUCAUCUCAAAUGGCCAUGAUACAACGCCCAAGCAAAUCAUCAACUUGAUCGAACUAGCUUCUCUUUUCGAAGAAGAAAAUCUUUAUCAGUUGAUGGAUCAUACCCGUUUGAUGCAAACCAUCCACUCUCUGAAGCAUCAUCUCAAGGAUGGAAGAAUCACAUUUGGCGGACAAAGGCCCCCUUCGUGUGAAGAAAUCAAUCUGCUUUCCGAACAAUAUAAUCCACAGGUGGACUGCAGAUGCGAGGACAUUCAGCCCAUCAUUCAGCAACAAGAUCCAUGUAACUCUGGAGAGAACAAGUGUCAUGCAAUCCGAAGCAUGAAAGAAGUCAUGGAAAAAGUCAUCGAGCGAAAGAAUGAAUGGCAUAAUACCGGUCUUUUCACACCAACGAAACUCAGACUCGCAGUAGACGAACUGGUGAACUCAAACACCGAUAUGCAAGAGUCUCCCAAGACAUGUCAGGGAACAGAUAUAUCAUCUUCCAUCCCAAGAAUUCAAGCACCAGACCGUCGGCCAAACCCAUCCGUCGACAGCAACCCCCGAAUCGGAAAUCAACUCUACCCAACCGCCGAACAACUCAAGAUUUGCACAGAUGCAAAGUAUUUCGGUGUAAUAGCCUGCGGUGGAAGUCUCUGUGACGAAGGUCUGGCUCGCGCUGUGGCCGACUCAUGCAACGACAUCCUGAUCGGCGACUACUGCGAAGCUGCAGAUGCAGAAGGGCUCAAGCUCCUCCAGCAAGUCGGUGCUGCGGCCAUGUCAUUUUUGAAACUCUGCAAUAUGUCCGGCCGGGUUACGGACUGGCAGUUUGAUAACCUGUCUGCAUACAUCGUGCAGUGCCGGGUUCUCGGCUACUAUCGCGACCACACCCGCUCUCGUCUGCCAGAUGGAAUUUAUGGAAGUCGUAUGACGGGACUCGGGGUACAUCGGCAUAUCGAUGUUGCUGCUUUUCAUGGAGUCUUGACUGCUUCGCUUGGGACUGGUCAGGAGGUAACUGAGGAGCAAUACUCGCGGAUCGUGGAGGCGACUGUUUAUAUCAAUGAUUUUGUUGAUCUUCGUGGUGAUACGAUGCGGAAGCAGCGUGAGAAUGUUAUACUCCGUGGCAUUCGAGGUGAUUUAUGCAAAUAUCUUGAUGGGGUGAUUGGGAAAUGUUUGGAUUUAGUGGCUGAUGCGAUUGAUUCGAGCGAACUGGGAGCACUGGUUGUCAUGGGAUAUUGCAACUGGGCUAUCAUGUCAGCCCAUCACAAAGUCUAUGAGUUAGUCAAGGGGAUUCGACAAGUUCAAAAACAAUCUCCUUGCGAAUAUGUGUCAGUGUCCCAGACUAUGGGAUAUGAACGGUUGAUCGAAGCGCUGAGGCCCUACGGUACUCUUAAUAAUGCUGGACCGCGGGUGUCGAAGAACAGGAUUGAGAUGGGUAAGACUUAUAGUCUCUGCCAAGGAUCACCAGGGAGACAUCUUGCAUGGCUUGCUGAUGCUACUCGGAGCUUGUUAGAGCCGACAACGCUGAGGCAGAUUGUCGAUGUGGUGCAUUUUGAGUGGAGCGGCUACGUGGGUGCUGUCGAUUAUUGUCCUUGA